AUGAAGAGUGACUAAGACUUGUGUUGUGUUGCAGGAUGAGGAAGAUGGGCGGGGAGGGCCCCAGCGACGGAGGGGAGUCGGGGCGUGGCUCGAACCCGGGACCCCCUUCCAAGAAGAGAGGCUUCCCUCGGUUCUCGCUGCGGCGGCUGCUGCACCCCGUGGCCCGCUCCUGGCUCGGCGGUCCCGCCAGGGUCAGCCUCUGCGCCGCUCAGAAUGAGUCGAUCGCCGAUGUGCCGAGGGUCAACAUUGAAGCGAGGCUGGCUUCAGAAGAGGCCACUACAACAAGCAGAUCUGCUUCCACCGAGACAACGACUAGGAGUGAUAACUUAAUAGAAUGUAACCUGUGCCUCAACGAGGUGAGCCCCGAGUACUUUCCGCAGCUGUCGACUUGCUCCCACCGAUCUUGCUAUUACUGUUUCCAGGUCUACCUCAGGGUCGAGAUCACUGAAUCUCGCAUUAGUGUAACCUGCCCGCAAUGCUCAGAACCUAUGCACCCAAAUGACAUACGUAUGAUCUUGAAUGACAAGUCCCUUUAUGAUAAGUACGAAGACUUUAUGGUGAGGAGAGUUCUGGCUGUGGAUCCCGACACUAGGUGGUGCCCUGCUCCCGACUGCAGUUACGCUGUGAUAGCUUCAGGAUGCGCGAGCUGCCCAAAGAUAAAAUGCAAGCGACCGGGUUGUGGUUCCUAUUUCUGCUACCAUUGCAAGGCUGCCUGGCACCCGAACCAGACCUGCGACGCUGCGAGGGCCCAGAGGUCACCCAACGUCAGGUCGUCUUCGUUGUCUUUCAGUCAGGAUUCACAGCAUCGUGACGACAUCAAGCCAUGCCCGAGGUGUCAGGUCCUCAUCGUGAAGAUGGAUGACGGCUCUUGCAACCACAUGGCGUGUGCUGUCUGCGGUGCCGAGUUCUGCUGGCUGUGUUUGAAGGAAAUAUCCGAUCUUCAUUAUCUAAGUCCCUCUGGGUGUACAUUUUGGGGUAAGAAGCCUUGGUCUCGAAAGAAGAAGAUUUUAUGGCAGCUUGGAACGUUGGUCGGAGCUCCGGUUGGAAUUGGCCUAGUGGCUGGCAUUGCCGUGCCGGCGAUCAUAAUCGGUAUCCCAGUGUGGGUUGGUAGGAAACUGUACACCCGCUACGAACAUGCCAACAAACACAAAAGGAACAUCGCCAUCGCUGGAGGUGUGACUGCGUCGGUGCUGAUAUCUCCUAUCCUGGCGGGUUUGGCCGUUGGGAUCGGCGUGCCCAUCCUCCUCUUCUACGUCUACGGCGUGGUGCCGGUCUCCCUCUGCCGCAGCGGUGGGUGCGGGGUCACCACCUCUGCCACCGGGGUCAGGUUCGAGUUCGACGACGAGGCCGACAUUCUCGGAGUUUUGGCCAACAGAUCUAAUGAUGGUGAUACAGGCAGCCACCCGGGCGGUAAUCCCAGUAUUGGGGAAGCGUCAUUGUCCCUCGGAAGCGGGAGCCAGCUGGAGAGGGAAGCCGAUCGGGAGAGUGCUUCCUUUGUUGCGUUAGCCGGUAGUAUUUCUUCCGCCAACAACAACGCCCAGAGACUAGAAGUCCAGGCUGACGUUGUGUCGUCGCAGCGGUUCAGUAUGAGCAGUGAAACUGCCUCUGCAACCGCUAGCCUCUCUGACAGGUCCGUCGGCGACGAUGCUGCAGCUUCUACUCGAGCCCUAGCCGGAUCGGUUCUUAAUUAUAAGUUACAAAGCCAUGAACCGUCCGAAGAUGGAGGAUCAGAGCGCGUGAGGUUCGACAGCCACGUCAGCUUCAUCGAUCCUGAUUCGUCAAUCCAUAAGGCUCAGAGGAAACAACUGCCGCCAGAAGAAAUACCUUCAACAUCAACCUCAAGGACGGUGUCGACAUUGCGCAACUUGUUUUUCCAGUCGCCCGAUAGCCCAGGUCGUGCCAUGGACAGCCUUCCUCCAAUUCCAGAACCACUUUCUAUCGACUCUGUUUCAAUUACUAUAAAUCAGUAA